AAAACUGCAGAGAUGCGCUGCAUAGAAAAACAAGGAAGAGGCGGUGGACUCCUGCAGGGAAAGUAACCGUUAAAUGGAUAUAACCGUCUGACAUGCACCGAGACGCCGACAGAGUCCGUUUCCGCUGCGCAUUUUGGGGCUAACCCCCUCCUAGUGGUAGCUCGGGUCGCGGUGAAUCGAUCCAGGACACACUCGGGAGGGGUCUCGUCAUGGGGAACGAGGCGAGCCUGGAAGGCGGCGAAGGCCCGCUGUCAGGGCUACCGGAGGGGCUGGCGCCCGAUGGGGCCGGCGGUUUCGUGCGUGUCCCCGGCGGAGCUCCGGUGGACCUGGCGGAGCUGAGCGAGGAGCAGCGGAAGCAGCUCGCCGCGGUGAUGUCAAGGGCGCAGGGCAGGCAGCCUGGGGGUGCAGCGGCCGCACGAAGACCGUCGGAAUCUGGUGUCCAGCUGCGAUCUCAGCAGACCUCCAGGGUUCCGACAGGCCUCAGUAAGAGUCGCACUGUAGACGCCUUCAACCAGAGUCCCCCUGGCAGGCCCUCGACAGGCCGUAGCCCCUCGUCCCUCAACCUCUUUGAGUCCCGAUUCCGGCAGGAGCCUAAGGACCCUGAGACCAAGCCGUCCGGCAUGUUUGGCUCCAGCUUUCUCAGUGGGGCCAACCCCCUCAGCGCUGUGUCGUCCAUGACCUCCUCCGUCUCCUCCUCCAUCUCCUCAAUGGGUGACGCUGUCAACAUCCCCAAAUUUGGACUUUUUGGAGAUGAGGAGGAAGGAACUACACCUGAAGCCAGCCAGGCAGGGAAACAACAAGGCAAGGGUCCUCAGCAAGGAUCAGGUCCAAAGGGGCCACAGCAAGGGGCACCACAGAAUCAGGGUCAAGGCCCUCCUGGUCAGGGGCCUAAGCAAGGGAAAGGACCACAAGGUCAGGGGCCCAAAUCAGCUCAGGGACCUCCUGGACAGGCUCUCAGGCAAGGCCAGGGACAGCCAGGACAAGGGCCUCCAGGAAAACAGGGCCCCAGACAAGGUCAAGGACCACCAGGUCAGCAAGGACCUAAACAAAGUCAAGGCCCACCUAGUCAGCAAGGACCCAGACAAGGUCAAGAACCACCAGGUCAGCAAGGACCUAAACAAAAUCAAGGCCCACCUAGUCAGCAAGGACAGAGACAAGGUCAAUGCCUACCUGGUCAGCAAGGACCCAGACAGGGUCAAGGCCCACCAGAUCAGCAAGGACCCAGACAGGGUCAAGGCCCACCAGGUCAGCAAGGACCUAAACAAAGUCAAGGCCCACCUAGUCAGCAAGGACCUAAACAAAGUCAAGGCCCACCUAGUCAGCAAGGACCCAGACAAGGUCAAGAACCACCAGGUCAGCAAGGACCCAGACAAGGCCAAGGCCCACCAGGUCCGGGUACAAAACAGACACAAGGUGGUUCUCCACAGCCAAAAGAACCUGCGAAACCUGGACCCAAUCAGCAGGGACCAGCAGGCCCUGGUGCUCAUCCUGGAAAGCCAGCCAGGAAUCAACAAGGGGCUGGGAAGCCUGGAGGUGGGCUCUGUCCACUGUGUAAGACCACCCAGCUGAACGCGGGCUCUAAGGACCCCCCAAAUUACAACAACUGCACCGAGUGCAAGAACCAAGUGUGCAGCCUGUGUGGAUUCAGCCCCCCGGACUCAGCGGGGAAAGAAUGGCUAUGUCUCAACUGCCAGAUGCAGCGAGCCAUGGGGGGCAUGGACCCCCCUGGCAUAAUGAAGCCCAAACAAGGUUCAGCUCCACCCUCGCCGCAGAAACAGGCGGCAGGCAAGCCUGGCAAGCUUCUCAUCAAGCAGCAAAGUACCACCGAACAUGGCUUGACACCACCAACUACUCCAAGGCAGAAAUCCCCAAGCUCUCCAGGACCGCUUUCCCCGGGUUCCUCAUUGGGAGGCUCCCCCAAGAUUGACCCCAAGACUGGCCGCCCUAUUCAGCAGAAGUCCAGUCCGCAGCAAUCACCGGCUAAAGCCAAACAGGAGUCCAGCUUCUUUGGGGGGUUAGGAGGUAUCAGUUUUGGAGGUUUGAGCGAUUCAGCCAAGCCAACUGCGGCUUCGUCACAAGCAGCUGAGUCCGUCACUGGUAAACUGUUUGGAGGUUUUGGUGGAUUGAUGGAGUCAGCCAAGCCUCAAGUGGCUCCAAAGCAGGAGGAGUCUGUGACUGGGAAGCUGUUUGGAGGUUUCGGAGGUUUGUCGGAGGCGGCGAAACCACCAGCCGCCGCCUCUCAGAUGUUCACAUUCGGGUCGUCCCUCUUGAACACGGCCACCAGUCUCGUUACUGGAGAGGAAGAGAAGGCGGCAGACUCUCCACCGGGGUCGCCAGCAGACUCGGGCCCUGGCUCCCUGCCAGAUUCUCCCUUCUCCGGUCCGGGCUCUCCCCCUGAUUCGGAUUCUGCGCCUGACACCCCGCCGGCUAGAUUAAAAAAGGCACAGAGGACCUUGUCUUUGGAGCGAGAGGCAGCUGACGAGACACCCGAAACUAAGGAAAACUGUCCUUUGUGUAGCGUGGAGCUGAACGUGGGAUCAUCAGAAGCGCCCAACUUCAACCUCUGCACAGAGUGCAAGAAGAGUGUGUGCAACCUUUGUGGAUUCAACCCCACUCCUCACUUAGGAGAGAAAGAAUGGCUUUGCCUCAACUGUCAAACAAGAAGAGCCAAUCAGUUGGAUGAUGUGCUACCACUGGCGAUGACUUCCCUAAAGAAGCUACCACCUACUAUCACUUCCGAUCCCUCCUCCACCUCUGCCCCUGCUGCUGUAGUUAGCAAACCCGUAGUAGAAGACCAAACCCCGCCAGCCCCUGAGACUAAGGUCAAGAAGAUUGGGACCCUGAAGGAGCCCGCAGAAAGAGAAAGGGCCACCAAUGAGUGCAGUGCUACCAGCCCCUCAGACCUGGCAAAGCUAGAAAGCACCGUUCUACCCAUUCUUGAGGCACAAGCAAAGGGUGACAAUCAAACGGACACAUUAAAGACCAGACGUAAAUUAGAGGUCCUUCUUCUGUCACCUGACUCCCCUUGCUCAGAAGAUGACAGAGAACUUGGCAAAACCAACGCAAAGAAAAAGCUCCUCGUACCGCUGGACGUCAAGGCGGAUUCUCUGGAUGAUAGCAGCGAAAGCUUUGGAAAAGAAAGCCCAAUAUCGGGCGAUGACGAGGAUUUCAUCCGCAAACAGAUCAUAGAAAUGAGUGAAAAUGAGGACGCCUCACCGUCUGAUGAGGAGAACCCAAUAAAGCAAAAAAUCAGAGAGGAUGAGAGGAAAAAAGUGGAGCGUAAGAAAACUGCUCCUUUGGAGAGGAGUGCAUCAGGAAAAGGCAAAAGGCUAACCAAGAAGAACUCUAUAUGUCCAAAUGAUGACGAAGAUGAAGAACUGCAGAGCUCUCUGAAGAAAGCUCAAGUAGUGGAGGCAGCAGAGAUAAAAGAAGAGGAAUGUCAUCCUGCCACUGCAGUUCGUUUAUUUCCAACAAUGGAGCUGAAUACAAGCAGCAGCCCUGUGUGUAUAACUAAUGUUGAGCUAGAACUUGAGAUGGAAUGUCUUACGGAUUCACCAGACGAUCGAUCCAAAGGAGAGGGGUCAUCAAGUCUACAUGCGUCCAGCUUUACACCCGGGACGUCCCCAACAUCUGUGUCUUCACUGGACGAAGACAGCGACAGCAGCAGUCCCAGCUAUGUCCGCUCUGGUGAGAGCAGGCAACAUAGAAAAGCCAAACACAGACAGCCUGGACAGAUGCUGCCUACUAUUGAAGACUCGUCUGAAGAAGAAGAGAUGCGUGAAGAAGAAGAGCUACUCAGGGAGCAGGAAAAACAAAGGGGAUCUGGUAAAAAAUCCAAAAAAGACAAAGAGGAGGUUCGAGGCCAGAGGAGGCGUGACCGUUCGAAGACGCCCCCAAGCAACCUUUCACCAAUUGAAGAUGCUUCGCCAACGGAAGAACUGAGGCAAGAGGCUGAGAUGGAGGAAAUUAGGCGCUCCUCCUGCUCGGAUUUCUCCCCUAGUAUUGAAUCAGACCCUGAAGGGUUUGAAAUCCACCCUGCAAAGAUUGCAGCAGUCCAGAAAACAUAUAAAUUACCUAUGUCUGUAUCCCUUCACUCUCCAACGGAAGAUCUAAACACAGAUAAAACGAAAAAACCUCUUAGAUCUGCUGAUGAAGCGUAUGAGGAAAUAUUGCUGAGGGCAAAGUCUCCUACAGUUGAAAAUAUUGAGCUACAACCGGGAAAGGAGUCUCUUUACGGAGGUGUGCUCAUUGAAGAUUAUGUGUUUGUCGAAAACUCAACAGGUGACAUUGGAGAGACAGAAAAGAUGAGCGUUCCCGCUGAGCCGAAAAAGCUGAGAUCGCCAGAUGAAGUUUAUGAAGACAUGAUGAAGAAAAGGAAGGAAUUCAUGAAACUAGAACAGGAAUAUCACAAUAUGCAACCACAAUUAGGAAGUACAAACCCAGAAAUUGUUUUGCAGCCUGCUGACAAUACUUCAUCCAACAUCAGUCAAGUAACUCUGGGAAAGGAUGAAAAACCAUUGUUGGAUGCUGACACCGCAUACGAGGAACUCAUGAAGAAAGUCCUGACUCCUGGAACAAGUCCGACUUUACAAGAGUCAGAAAUGGAUGCCACCUCAUCUAGAAGGGCUCUUUAUCCAAUCCCAGACCUAAGAGUCACACAGUGUUCCUCAGGAGAGUUAUCCUCUGACGAAGAGAGUAUCAAUAAAAGGGAGGAAGUUAUAUCAGACAUGACUGUGGAAACUACUACUCCUCCUUCAGAUGAGCAAACACACACCCCCGUUACAGCAUCCCAAACUGACAUUGUUGACCUGUCAAGUCCAAUUUCAAUGAUAUUGGACCCUGUUACUGCAAGUGUGACCACCUUGCCCACAGUCCCCCAGUAUGCACAGGGUACUCCUAGCAUCAUUACAACUGCACCACCUGUUCCCCCUAAACCAAAUGUCCUGCGUCGGGCUAGUUCUCAGGAAAAAGCAGAUGUUGAACCACCACUGCCUCCUCCUACACCACAAAAACCUACAGUGUUUCCCAGGAAACCUCCAGUUCCACUCCCUCCUCAGGCUUUAGCCACUCAAGCAAGGCCAGAGACUGCUACCACGACUUCACAAGCUAAACAAUCAUUUACACCGACAUACAAACCUCAUGUUCCACCUCCUGUUCCCCCAAAGCCCUCCAUUCCUUCUGGGAUUGGGGAAGGCACCAGGCCAGUACAUGUCAAACCACCAAUUGCACCGAAACCUUCCUCGCAGUCCCCCUCACCUGCACUUGCUCCACAUCCACCUAGACCGACCAUGCUGACCACGUGCUCCUCUGACAUAGCUUUGAAUCUCAGUCCCUCAUCUGAGAGCAAGCCAAUCCAACCCUCACCAAAGUCCCCUACUUCCCCAAGAUAUGCGAGGAAUCUUCGCGAUACAUACGUGGUCAUCACGCUCCCCUCUCAGCCCAGCUCUCCAGUCGACGGCAUUUCAACUCAAGCCCCAUCUGACCCUGGCCCGACAUCUCCUUCUAACAAAGCCCAGCACCAAAGCUAUUAUCAAACACAGGCUCAAUCGCAGCAGUCACCCCCUCCUCAUACAACUAGAAUGCCUCUAGCUUACACUCGAGUCAUUGAAUCUAUUGAAAGCCAAGAGAUAUGUAGCCCAGAAAAACAUGUAUCGAGCUCUUGCCACAUCAUCGAGGCUGUGUCGGCCUCUGCACAGCUUCCUGUGGUAAUGCCAAACCUAAUCUCUCAAUUGGUUACCACAGAGGUACAAAGAACUACAGUCUCGGUGGUCCACGAAAGGACGCCACCACCUGUGCCAGCUCCAAGGGCAAACGGAGUACCGAUUUCACUAGAAAAACACAAGACGCCAUUGCUUGCGCAGAAUGGACAGAUAGUCUUGCCUGCUGACGUAGUUGAUUUGAGGACUAUGAAGGUGGACGCAGAGUCGGACAUGAGCGGAGUAGAUUUGUCUUCUGGCCCAGACUCAAGACGCCAGUCUUUUGCUGCUGAUGCCAGUCGCCAGAGCAGUGCAGUGCAGUCGCCUGUUGUCAACCUGAGCACUGAAUCCUCCACUGUCUCAAUCAUGACUGAUAGCAUCACCAUUGUGACCUGCGCUGCCACCAUCCAGAGGUGUGAUAAUUUAGAAACCUCUCAAGCAUCUUCAAUUCCCCUACAGCUAACAAAAAACAAAGUAUUCGAACCAGUCUCACAAAUUGUGUACCGCUCCGUGGACUCUCAACCUCCCGCUCAUUCUGGUGAGAUCCCAAUUAAUCUCACAGUUGGAUCUAGUACAGGUGGUGGAACCUUCCAAACACCACCUGUAAUCUCUGAACUCAACUCUAUUGCUGGUUGUGUUGCUAAUGGACUAACGGCAGGCACAACAUCAAUAGCAGGAGCUGUCGACUUGAGCACUGCAAAACCAUUCAAUACCGUAGUAUCAAUGGAUGCCGCUUCUACCGAGGUCGUCACAGCGGUGAUUGCAGUAGACGACGGCAAGCCAGUUGAUCUAACCGCAGGGAAAAGAGCAGUAUGCUGUGACGUUGUGUACAAGCUUCCCUUUGCAGGGAGCUGCACCGCACAGCAGCCCACAACACCUUUGCCCGAAGACCGUUUUGGAUAUCGUGAUGACCACUACCAGUAUGACCGCUCGCCCUAUGGCAUGAGGGGCUUUGGCGGCAUCAAACCAUCAAUGUCAGACACCAAUCUGGCAGAGGCUGGCCUGUUCUUUUACAAGAGUAAGAACAGCUAUAAUUUCAGUGGCACCACAGACGGUGCGGUAGAUCUUUCCUCUACAAAGAUGUCUGAUGCAGGUGAAGCAGUUGACUACUCCAAGAAAGGGAUUUACGCAGGAAUGACAAUCCCUCCUUAUUCCCAAGCCAGAGUAACAAGUGGUGUUGGGACUCUCUUUGGUACAAGUAGUGUCUUGAGGUCAUCAAAUGGGGUGGUUUAUUCAUCUGUUGCUGCACCAAUUCCAUCUACAUAUGCAAUAACCACUCAACCAGGGUCCAUAUUUUGCACGUCGUACAACAGUCAAUCGAGUAUACAUACCAGCGAUACCAUGCCUUCGCUGUCGAACCUGCAGAGUUUGCCAUUGACACGAUCCCACAGUUUCCUGUCUACUGUCUCCAUUACUACAGCCACAGAGCAAGGCGACACCCCUCUCAAUCUCGAGCUAACUAAAGUGGAUACUAGUGUUAAUUCUGUCACCAAAGCAACAACCUCUUUAACCCUUGACACUUAUACGGAUGCAUCCCUUGAGGCCAUCGCUGCCUCAUUGGAGGCUCUUUCCUCACCCAUGGUUCCCGGAGAUGGUCAGUAUCAAGCAGAGCGUGAAAGGCUAGAAAUGGAGAAACUCAAGCAGCAGCGCCUUGCUGAGGACCUGGAAUGGGAGCGCCAGGAGAUUCAACGUUUUCGUGAGCAAGAGCAGCUGCUGGUGCAGAAGGAGCUGGAAGAGCUGCAGGUCAUGAAGCAGCAGAUAUUGACUCAGCAGGAAGAUGAAAGGCAAGCUCACCUAAUGAUGCAAAAAGAAACCUAUGCUCAGCAACAGCAGCAGCUUGAGCAAAUUCAAAGACUCCAAGAACAACUCCGUAUGCAGCUGGAAGAGCAAAAGCUUCGUCAGAUGUAUCCAGGUGGAGACAUGCUAGGAAACGGCAUCCAAGAGGCUGUUGUCUUGGGUCCUGAUGGCACAGUGCUGUCGCGAAAGAUCACAGACAGUGGUUGCCAAACAGAUGAAGAGGAUGAGACACUAAACAAAGCAUACACGUCAGGAAGGAAAAAGAAGAGCACCAAAAAGAGUGUUGACAGUUGUGUGCAGACUGAUGAUGAGGAUCAAGAGGAAUGGGAGUCUCAGAGAAGCCGACAGAACAGACCACGUACUGCCAGGGGAGAUAGGGCAGGUCAGUCUGAGAUAUCUCUUCAAGCCCACACUGAGAUUUCUAUACAAACAGACACCGAUGGAAACAUCAUAAUGGACACAAGAAUGGAACUCUCUGACUCUGAAAGGAUCUCACCGAAGAAACAACUCACACCCUUGGAGAUCGGUCUUUCUAACCUCAAAGCUGAGUCAUCCAUGCUUCAAGCACCACCUAAAUCCCCCAAUGUGCUCUACUCUCCCUUAUCACCCUGCAUUUCACCCAGCAAAUCACUUGAGUUUGUAUCUUAUGAUAAAUCACUGGGUGAUAAAAGUCCUCAGAAGCUAAAGGGAAGCAUAGACCCAUUAAAUGUCUCUCCAGGAAGUCCAAGGGGGCCAAAGCCCAUGCAGAGAUCUAUGUCUGACCCCAAACCCAUGAGUCCAACAGGAGAAGACAGGAUAACAUCUGGUAACCAGUAUAGUGAAACUGAGAAAGGCUCAGGUGGCACACCGACCGGCACUCAAAAGAAAGUGAAAAGGACUCUUCCCAACCCUCCCUCAGAGGAUGAGUCCACAGCCAGUGGACAGACAGCAUAUAGUACCGGUUCUGCUCGCCGAAGAAUGUGCCGCAAUUCAAACAUGGCACGCGCCAAGAUCCUGCAAGACAUAGAUCGUGAGCUCAAUAUGGUGGAGCGCGAGUCGUCCAAACUCCGUAAAAAACAGGCAGAGCUGGACGAGGAGGAGAAAGAGAUUGAUGCCAAACUGAGGUACUUAGAGAUGGGCAUUAAUCGGAGGAAAGACGUCCUGCUGAAGGAGCGGGAAAAGCGAGAGAGGGCUUAUUUACAGAGUGUGGCUGAAGACAGAGAUUAUAUGUCGGAUAGUGAGGUCAGCAACAUCCGAGAGGCAAGAGGUGCACAUGGAGACGAUGAAGAUGAGGAAUUAGACACCCAUGGUCUUGAACGUCCAAGAACGGCACCUCAAUCAGAAUUGGACGACUUUGUUCCACCUCAAACCAAACAUGAAUAUGGAAAAUACGCACAGUACCAAUACUCUCAAGGCCAAUUCCAGCAGUCACUCUACCAGACCCCCCAGUCCUACCAGUCUCAUUCCAUCUACUCAUCUGUGCCCUCACUCACCAGCUCCCAGCAGCAAAGUUACCAUCAGAUGCUCCUGCUGCAGCAGAAAGCUGCCAGACAAGCUGCUCUACUCUCAGAACUAGAUGCCACCAAAUAUGACGUCAUCAGCCGCCAGCCUGAUCCCACAUCGUCGUCUUACCUCGGUGUGAAAUAUGACAAAUAUGGUAACCACCUGGACCUCAGAGCCUUGGAGGUAGGAAGUAUAGCAGGUAGCCCCAUGUCAACUGUGUCUGAUUCCUACUACAGCGACCUUGAUCACCACACACCAAGGAGCUACCUGCUACUGGAAGAUGCUGCAGAGUUAGCUAAGAGCUCCACCGGUCUUUCUGCAUCGUAUAGUCUUGCUGAAAGAGAGCUGGCCAAAGCAGAGAAGCUGCUGCAACGGAGCGCUGCUGACCUUGGAUCAACUGACUAUCUCGGGUCCAGCUCCAGGCUGCAUACGUAUGGAAAAACCCCGGAUGAAGAUGAUCCAAUGGAGGAACCCUAUGAGCUGAAGCUCCUAAAGCAGCAGCUCAAGCAAGAAUUCAGGAGAAGCACAAGUGGGACAGAGAGCUUGGACCCACUGACAGGUCUCUCCCAACACUACUAUACCCCAAGCUCUGGUGUCUCCAGUUACUCUCAAAGACACUAUCCAAAGACGGAUAAGUACAGCAUCAGUCGAUUGACUCUGGAGAAGCAGGCGGCUAAACAACUUCCAGCGUCAAUGUUGUACCAAAAACACAAGACUCCAUUAGAGCCGAAUACCUCCACCAAGUAUUCCUCUAUUACUGAGAGCAGAGGUCUGGAUAUGGAUUAUACCAGCUAUUUGGGUUCUACUAGUGGCUCCCCAAGAUCCAGCCGACUCAUGCAGGAUGAGAUUACCUUUGGCCUUCGUAAGAAUAUCGCAGAGCAGCAAAAAUACUUAGGCUCUACUUUGGGAGCUAACUUGGCUGGUUCGCUAAACCUGGGCCAGAGCAUGGGCUUAGACUCUGCUUAUCCCAGUGGUAGUCGUUCGAGACCUUCAUCUAGGCCUACGUCCUGCUAUGGCCUGGACUUGUCCAUCAAAAGAGACCCUUCCAGCUCCUCACUGAGACUCAAAGGUGACGGCGAAGCCUCCUCAGAAGGGCCAAGUUUCCAAACACCCUCCGGUCGCACCAAACCCACCAGCCUGCCUAUCGUGCAAAGCGGGCGAGGGAGAAUACCCAUCGUGGCGCAGAACUCUGAGGAAGAAAGUCCACUGAGCCCCGUUGGGCAGCCUAUGGGCAUGGCUCGUGCUUCAGCGGGACCUCUGCCGCCCAUCUCGGCCGACUCCAGGGACCAGUAUGGUUCUUGCCUGUCGUUGCAGGACUCACAGCAGCAGCAGCAGCAUAUGAGGGAGGAAGCAAGCAGGGGUAGAGGGUAUGUGCUGCUGGAUGAUCUUCAGGGCCCCAUGUCAGAUAGUGAAGCCCUAAGUGAUUCCCUGAUGCCUUUGAGCAGAGACGAUGCGGCCAAGGCCUACCACCUGAGACGAGAAGAGACCGACUGGUUCGACAAGCCCAGGGACGGACGCUCAGAUAACGGACAGGAGAAGAGACAGGGUAAAGGCCCCUACUAUCCCUUCCCGCACCUCAGGGUCAAGCUGCAGAGAGAUCCUAAAGACCGCAGUGUCUCAGGGAACGGGCUGGGUAUCCGUGUGGUUGGCGGCAAAGAGGUGCCUGGCAGCAACGGAGAGAUCGGAGCCUACGUUGCCAAAGUUUUACCAGGUGGAGCCGCUGAACAAACAGGAAAAAUUCUUGAAGGAAUGCAAGUCUUGGAGUGGAACGGCGUCAUCCUGACGGGGAAAACUUACGAAGAGGUGCAAGGGCUCGUGGGCCACUCAUGUAGUGAGGCGGAAAUGUGCGUCAGGCUGGAUCUCAACAUGCUGGCAGAGUCUGAAGGAUCUGAGCGCCUGGACUUCCAGGAACACAGCAAAACUGACAGACCGCCCAGAUCUCCAGGAGUGGACCCCAAGCAGCUGGCGGCCGAGCUACAAAAGGUGUCCCAACAGCAGGCUCCGUCCUCCGCGGCCACUGCCUCGGCCACCUCCAGCCCUGCCCAUCCGGGCUCCCCGUCAGUCAGCAAGAAACGCCACAGUAGCAAGGCCCCAGAUGGAAGCAAGACCCCUUCCCACCCCAUCACUGGUGACAUACAGCUUCAAAUCCACUACGACAAGCAGAUGGGCAACCUGAUCGUCCACGUCCUGCAAGCUCGAAACCUUGCCCCGCGUGACAACAACGGCUACUCAGAUCCCUUUGUCAAGGUCUACCUCCUGCCGGGGAGAGGUCAGGUCAUGGUUGUCCAGAACGCCAGUGCUGAGAACAAGAGGAGGUCAAAACACGCAGGCAAGAGCCUCAAUCCUGAGUGGAACCAGACUGUCAUCUACAAGAACAUCCACCUGGAGCAGUUGAGGAAGAAGACCCUCGAAGUGAGCGUGUGGGACUAUGACAAGUGUUCCUCCAAUGAUUUCCUGGGAGAGGUCCUCAUAGACCUGUCCAACACAGCCCAGCUGGACAACGUCCCCCACUGGCUCCCCCUCAAGCCACAAACUGAGAGCGACCACCACCGGCGCUCCCACCAGAGCCGACACAGCUCCUCCAAAGCGUCCUCGCAGCACUCGUCCCCCAAGACCGCAGGCUCCGCCCCUGACCAGGACUCACCCAAGUCGUCUGUGAUCAAAAGCCGGAGCCACGGCAUCUUUCCGGAUCCGGCAAAAGGCCAGCGCCCCGGCCACCAGAGGCACAGCGUUGAGGGUGUGCUCACCAUUCAGAGAGCUCAGUCUGAUUGGCUGCCCGCCCUGCCGUUGCUGGCGCCGAACAAUGGGACCAGAGCGGACGGCAGACCCCCGACCCUCAGGAAGGCAGUGUCGGAGGAGAGGCCGACCGUCGCCCGAGCGCGGUCCGGCUACAGGUCAGGAGACGGCCCCGUCACCGCCGCCUCCUUGGACAGUGGCCUGAGCGGCAGCGCCUACAGCCUUUUGGACGAGGACGCAGAACUGAACGAGGUGGACAGCGCUAUCUUCCAGGUGCCGCGACUUGGGAAGAUUCCUAAUGGUACGGAUGGGAUGAAAUCAUCUAUGAGUGAUUCUGAUGGUAAGUCUCAGGUGAUGGGAGAGAUCAAGAUCGCUCUGAAGAAGGACGUGAGGACAGAAGGAGACCAGCUGGUCCUGGAGAUCCUUCAGUGUCGUAACAUCACAUACAAGUUUAAAACUGCAGACCACCUGCCUGACCUCUACGUGAAGCUGUACGUGGUCAAUAUCGCCACCCAGAAAAGGAUCAUCAAGAAGAAGACGCGGGUGUGUCGUCACGAUCGCGAGCCGUCCUUCAACGAGACCUUUCGCUUCUGCAUGAACCCCGCCGGACACUCCUUACAGCUCUUCCUGGUAUCCAACGGCGGCAAGUUCAUGAAGAAGACGCUGAUCGGCGAGGCCUACGUGUGGCUGGACAAGGUGGACCUGCGUAAGCGUGUGGUGAGCUGGCACAAGCUGCUCGCCAGCACCGCUCAGAUUCACUCGUAGUAGGCGGCGCUCACCUGGGUGUGUUUAGCCGUUUAUUUUUAUGCGUGGACGGAAACAUUGGCGAAGUUAUUACAGGAAGUAGCGAGCGAGGAACAGGAAGUGUCGACAGGAUGGCCUAAUCAAGCAGGUACAACAACACACGCUAAAUACAGGGAUACACAUGCUACAUGCUACAUGCUAAUUCAUCCCAGCAUUUUACCAAUGAUUCUUUAUUUUUCUAUUAUGAUAGAUAAUCCGUUCUUCAUGUCUGUAAGAAGCAGUAUAUUUGAUACACACACACACUCACACACACACUACCUAGCAUUCUACGCCGCGUGUUCACUUUAAACAGAGUUUUAUCAAACGUCGCAUUUCUUUAUUAACAUUAUAUUGAAUUGGAGCCUCUGUGACAUGUGUGCAUGUGUCAGUCAGUCUGGUUCACACACUGUACAUAGAAAAUCAUAUAAUAGAUCCAUAUAUAGAUAUAUAUAAAUUAUAUUUAUCACAGACAAUCAGGUCUUGAUGAUUGUUUUUAUUUCUCCUCAACAAAAGCUUUUAUCUUGUGUGUUACUGCGCUUUUUUUUUUUAGCACUUUUUCCUCCUUGAAUGUAAAUUAUGAGAUCCACUCUCUCCCGGCAGAUAUAGGAUAAUAUAAUAUAUUAUAUCAUAGCAAAUUAUAUUAUAAAAAGUAUGUUUGUUCAUGUGGUUUCUAUGCAGUAAUCAUAGCCAACGUGUCUCCAUGUUUUCACCAGACUGAAAUGUGACACAUUUAAAAUGUUUAAAACAUUUUUCUCAUUUAAUUUGCACUUGUUUGUAGUAUUUUUUUCAUGUAUUUAGUUUGUGUUUUUUAAUUGAAUUUUGUAUUAUUUAUUCUCCGUGCAGGAGUGUUUACAGGCGUCAUAAUUCAUCAUGUCAUAAUAAGCUUUUGUAAAUGUCAUGUUUUAUGUUUGGAAACUCAGUGACUUUUUCCCGUUUACAAAAAAAGAAAAAGUAGUAUUCCGAUAAAAAGCGCCUAGUCAUUUUUCCAGCCUCAUUUCGAGCGACGACCAAAAAGACACACAGUUUAUCCCGAUUGUGGUUUUCAUGUCCGCGUGAGUGUUUUUUAUGACAUGGUUUGAAGUCCUUUGCGUGUCACCGGCUCACAAACACAAAGGUGUAACAUCCCAGCCGUGUAAAUACGUCACCUUUUUUAAAACAGCGGGCUUAGGAGCAAUAGGUCCUUGAGAGGACCAUGUGAAAAAGACACAAUUUUAGAGAAAAAAAGGUGGUGAUGUUUUCAGUUGGUUUCUGGAUGUACAGCGCAAACUAACCACACGAAGGCAGUACAGUCUUCAAUGUGCUCACUCUGGAUGUUGCAUGUUUCGUUGGUGGCUCAUAAUAUUUUUGUGUCCGGAUUACGAUUAGAAAAAAACUAGAAAAAAAGAUGAAGUGUAGAGAAGGGUCUAGAACUAUUGAGCGGGGGAAGGGGGGGGGGGACUUAUUCAUGAUUAUGAUAUGCUGACUGUACAAAGAUGAUGCUCGUCUGUUUUGUUUUUCACUUGUAAGAAAAAAGAAAUUGACCGUCUAUUGGUUUUGUGAUUGUGUACAGGAGGUACUGAUACAUUAUGCAAAUUGUGCUGUAAAGAAAUGGCUGUUGCCCCUCCUCCUCCCCAUGUGGAAAUAUAUUAAAUAUGAGUACA